AUGUUCACAAUUCAAGCUGACAAUCAUCCACAAAAAGUAUCUGUAGAACUUGAUGAACAAUGUCUUACAUAUGGUGAAUUGAUGUCAUAUGUGGAGCGAAUCGCUCUUCUUCUCCUUGAUCAUUUUCACAUUCAACCUGGUGAAAUCAUUUGUCAAUGUGUGGAACGAAGUAUUGAAAUGGUAAUUGGAAUGAUGGCAAUCGAAGUUGUAGGUGGUGUUUAUUGUCCAUUGUCUGCAGCAGAUCCACAAAAUCGCCUUCAACAGCUUAUUCGCGACACUAAUAGUCAUCUUGUACUAGUGGAUUCGAUGACACGUCACGAACUCAAAGAUGUUGAAAUACUUUGCAUGGAUGACUGGAUCGUCACCAGUGGAUCACAGAAUACUUGUGAUGUCGAUCAUCUUUCUUCAAUCAAAAUAACGCCUGACAAUCUAGCAUAUGUUCUUUUCACUAGUGGUUCAACUGGAACACCUAAAGCGCAUAAUGAACAACUUGUCGCGUAUGUUCAAGCCGGUAGCGAUAUGGAUAGUAAUCGAUUGCGUAUUCACUGUGAAUCUGAUCUGCCUUUACAUAUGAUUCCAGGAAUGUUUAUCAUCAUGGAGCAAUUUCCACUUAAUGCCAAUGGAAAGGUUGAUCGCAAAGCAUUACCCCAACCACAACGACGAAGGACAUUUGUUAUUGAGCAUGAACCACAAAAUGAAAUAGAAGCUCGCGUUGAGGCUAUUUGGUGCUCUGUUCUUUCAUGUGAUCGAGUAUCGACCACAACUUCAUUCUUUUCAUUGGGUGGUCAUUCACUUCUCUUAAUGGAACUCUAUCAUCGCUACGAAUCAGAGUUUAAUUUUGACAGGCGUGCUCUUUCAAUCAACAUGAUAUUUUCUAAUCCAACAAUUCUUCAACAUGCACGAUUGCUUGAAAAACACUCUGUUAUAGAAGAACGUAUAGUAUGGCAUCCACUCAACAUGAAAAAAGCGAUAGCAUCCUUUGCUCAAGAACGUAUUUUCAUGGAUGAGAUGAUUCGAUUGUCGUCCAAUGAUCGUAUAUAUUCAAUUCCAUUUGUAUAUCAGGUCUCUCACAGUGGUUUAGUAUCUAUUGCUCGUUUCCGACGUGCACUUGAUGCUCUUGUCAUUAAACAUGAUAUCCUGCGUACAUCACUUCUCUUCAAUUCCACAUCGGGCCAGCUAGAAGAACAUGUUGAAUUCUUCUCCAACAAUAUAUACACAUUUGUUGUGACGAAUGCUAACGAUCAAGAUAAUGCUCAACAAAUGACUCUUUUUGAUAUUGAACAUGGUCGUGUGCUACAUUGUCAAAUUAUUCGCAACGCAUCACAACCAUCCCCAGAUGAUUUGCUCGAAAGCAAGGAUUUCAUUGUCAUAAAUAUUCAUCAUAUUGCCUUUGAUGGUGCUUCAAUGUCACUUUUCUUGCAUGAUCUUCAGCUUGCAUACGAAACAGAUCUUCCAUUACCGGCCAUGCUUAAUGGUUUGAAAUAUAUCGACUAUGCUGUACAUGAACGACAAAUAGAUAUGACAAUAUCACGUCAGUUUUGGCGAUCAUUACUCGACACGUAUGAUUUCAGUCGGCAACUGUCACUGCCAUUUGAUCGCCAGCGUUCUUCCGAAGAGAAAAAGUCAGGUCAGGGAUCGAGUUUUCACUUCUCAUUUGGUAAAGAACUAUCUCGAACUUAUCUAAACUAUGCAGCGACACAUAGUGUGACACUCUUUCAACUAGGACUCGCAUGUUUCUACGCUUUUCUCUUCAAAUUGAGCAAUGGGCAGCGAGACUUAUGUGCCAUAUGUGUUAAUGCCAAUCGAUAUCGAUCUGAACUACAAAAUAUAAUCGGUAUGUUUGUCUCUACUCUACCAUAUCGCUUACAAAUCGAUCCAACACUCUCGUUCGAUCAUCUCGUUCGACAAGUUCAAGAGCAAUGCCUUCAAAUUCUUGAUCAUUCUCAUUAUCCAUUACAGCACAUAAUGGUUGAUGCAAUCAAAGGAUCGACAUUUCCCACUUCAGAAACAAUGUUCGAUUUUGUUAAUCUGGAAAACGAUCCUAUGGUAUAUCUUGACAAUGCUCAACUCCUACCCGUUCGUGAAUCAAACAAUGAUAAUAUGGUUAAAUUUGACUUUGAAUGGGCAAUCAGCUACGCACUGUCAACAGAUGAAUUGUUCUGCACUGUUUCAUGUUCUCGUGACAUCUUCGACAACACAACAGUUUGCACAAUAGCUGAUCGUUCUAUUGUAUUUCUGGAACAGCUACUUCACGAUCCAUUGAUCAGAUCAAUGCCACUCUAUAAACUUUCAAUUCUACUGCCACAUGAAAAUCAUGUUAUUCAUGAGUUGAACGAUACACAAAAUAUCUCUUUGAUUCCACAUUCCACUAUUCGAGACAUGUUCACCAUUCUAGCUGACAAUCAUCCACAAAAAGUGUCUGUGGAAUUAGAUGAACAAUGUAUCACAUAUGGUGAAUUGAUGUCAUAUGUGGAGCGAAUCGCUCUUCUUCUCCUUGAUCAUUUUCACAUUCAACCUGGUGAAAUCAUUUGUCAAUGUGUGGAACGAAGUAUUGAAAUGGUGAGUUGACCUUACUUACUCCUUCUUUUAAUCUCUUCUGCUAUGAUUGAUAUUAUUUCGAGGUAAUUGGAAUCAUGGCAAUCGAAGUUGUAGGUGGUGUUUAUUGUCCAUUGUCUGCAGCAGAUCCACAAAAUCGUCUUCAACAGCUUAUUCACGACACUAAUAGUCGUCUUGUAUUAGUGCAUUCGAUGACACGUGACG